GCAGUCACUGGCUGAAUCUCUGUGUAUCGCUGCCUCCUCGACACGUGGGUGGGUGUAAUGUUGUAGCAAUCCAGUGGUGACCAGCGACACAAAGAGAAGGGAGAGAGAGAGUUGGGGACGGGCUGUUCCCGAGCACCAAAGAAUCGGGCCAGUAAAGUGGAGAGGACGGGAUGAACUGCCCUGGGUGACCUGCGCAUGGUGUUCGCCUCAAGAUGAGAAGUUGGGAACAUAUUUACAACGAGAAGGAGAUGUUUUGACUCAACAUCCGACGGCUGAGGCUCUCCUUCUGCUCCGCUGGGCUUCUGGUGAAGUUUGAGUGUGAAUGUGCUUCUUGGGCAGCGAGAGGCUGAAGCCGACGGGAGUGUGAAGAGGCGGCCAGCGAGCGGCGGAGACCGGUCAGCGCCACAAUGAUGGUCCCGGGAGUGUCCCUGCUCCUAGCUCUGGUCGAUCACGUCCUGGUAGAUGACAUCACAACACCUGAUGACUGCCUGUCAGCAGCCAAGCAGUGCACCUUGGACCCCGACUGCAACACCAGGUUCCACACGCUGAAGCAGUGUGCAGCUAACAGUGGGGUGGGCUCCCUGCAGCCGGCAGCCAGGAAUGAUUGCAUGAUUGCUGCAUUCGCUCUUCAGUCCCACCAGCUCUUCACUUGCAAGUGCAAAAGGGGAAUGAAGAAAGAGAAGAACUGCCUGCGAAUAUUCUGGACCAUGCACCAGAGCCACAUCCCAGGUUACAAUGAGUUUGACACAUCACCCUAUGAGUAUUCAAUGUGGGAUCCAUCGUGGUAUUUGGACUAUGGUAGACUUGCUUCUCUGGUAUCAGAAGGGACAAAAGUUCAACCACCAGCCAGUGUCAACCACUGCUUAGAUGCUGCCAAAGCCUGCAACGUGGAUGAGAAUUGUAAACAGUUCCGCACUGACUAUGCCAAGAACUGCCUCAAACCUGCCUCCAAGUUUGGUUGCAACAGACAUAAGUGUCACAAAAGCCUUCGGCGCUUUUUCGACCACGUGCCAGAGGAAUACAAAUACCCAGUCCUUUUUUGUCCCUGUGAGGACAGUCGAUGUGCUGAACGCAGGCGCCAGACCAUUGUCCCUGCUUGUUCCUUCGAGGAAUCAGAGAAACAGAAUUGCCUAAAGCUGCAGGAUAUGUGCAAGGAAGACAUAAUUUGCAAAUCUCGACUGGUGGAUUUUCAGACUAAUUGCCAGCCAUCCAAGAAGUCUGCUAGCUACUGUUUUCGGGAAAACUAUAAUGCCUGCCUUCAGUCAUACACUGGCCUCAUUGGUACCAUUCUGACACCAAACUAUGUGAGCAACAUCAGCUCUGACGUCUCCAUAUGGUGUACGUGCGCCAACAGUGGCAACCAGCAUGAAGAGUGUGAGAACCUCCUGAGCCUUUUCACAAGCAACAACUGCCUUGGGAAUUCUAUCAAUUGGUACACCAGUUCUGCACUGUUUCGCACAUCGAAUAAUGAAUACUCUGUAGUAACAACCACUCAACAGUUAUCUUUCAACUUCCCAGAAAAGGAUGAGCCAAACAACGAUGCCAGUCCAUUAGUCAAAUUGGACACAAAUAAGGAUUGUGAUCGUGGUGGCAAGCUGAAGGCUUCUCAAGAAAAGUCGAUGUCUGAGAAAAUAACUGACUGUAAUGCAAAUUCAGGAUCUAACACCCAGAGUCUCUCUCUAAUAAUAUCCCAUGCUAUCACAUCACUUUACAUCUUCAUAGCCAUUGUAGAAAAUGCCAUUUGAAAGGAAGAAACCAAGACUUUUUAUAAAGACAGAAGGAGAGUCUGGUUUAUAACCUUCUUUGUCUCCCAUACUAAUUGUGCUUGCUUUUAAAACAACAAACAAAUGCCUGAAACACAGCUUGAACUGAGAAAAUAGUUUGUAAAAAUAGCCAAUCGAUUUGACGUUGCUAAGGUAUUAACUAGAAAUGUAGUCGGGUUAAUCCAUUCCAGUUUAACUCUCAUAAUGGCAUGAUUCACUAAAGUUAUAACAAGCCAAAAUUUCUUUGCAUAAUUUCCAACACAACCAUUAUGAAUGUGUAACCAAUUGAAUGGAUAGUCUUACUAACAAUAAACAUUUACCACUUCCAUUUAAGUCCCUUCUUAAUACCAUUCCAGAAAGAAUAGCAUUAUGCCCAGGUACUCUGUCAGUGGGAGAUUAUGCAUUUGGGUAUUUUUCAAUUGAACCACCUCUUGUGGGACUGUAGAUGUUCUUUAACUGAUUACUUUUUUUCCAGAAGGGAGUUAAGUGGCAGAGACAAUUUGCCAACAUUUAAAUAAAAGACUCUAUGGUAUUGCAAAUUGCCUAAACAGGUAAACCUUCAUUUUGGAAUAUCACUGCAUCAACAUGAAGUCUGAAUCUCACACCCUGCAGCUGUGAGGUGUGAACACACUUCUUGCUCUGCUUGUUCAGUCACUCGGGAUCGAGGGUGACUUGCUUCCACUCUACCUUUGUGGAUUCCAAGGUGCCCGAUGAGGCCAUUGUGAGAAGCGAGACUCUUCCACAGAUGGGACAAGAGGUGGCUGGUGGCAUGAGUUGGUGGGUAGUUUGCAAGAUGGUGGCAGGGCUUCUGUGUGCACCCAAUGGACAUGAGGUUCUCAGUACCAGCCCAAAUGUUUCUUCUCCACUCUGAGUGGUCGUGGGCCAGGGAUGCCCAGGGAUCAGUGUGGAUGUUGCUUUUCUUCAAGAAGGCUUUGAGCACAUCUCUGCUGCUUUUUACGGAUGUCUUAUCAGCAGAGCAACACCAUGAAAGAUGAAUCUUAAAGGAUGGUGGUAGAGAUAAAGUAUUAAUUGUGCUACAGUAAGCAGUUGGGACCAUUUCUGGAUUUUCACAUGAAUCAGUGGAUAACUCAAUGAACCUUGUCAGAAUGAAGCACUUGAGAACUACUUAAGACAGGCCAGUUCUCACUUUAACAGAUGUGUCAUGUGGUUAAAGUAGUGGUACACAUCUACUCAUCAAGAAAUAAGAUGUAACACUUUCCAUGGCAACAGGUCAAUGAAGUGCUUUUAAAAAUGUAGUCACUGUUGUAAUAUAGGAAACCUGGCAGUCAGUUUGUGAAGAGUAAGCUCACACAGACGGCAAUGACCAGAUCAUGUUUUUGUGAUACUGAGUGAGGGGUGACUCCCUCCUCUUCAAAUAGUGUCACAGCAUAGUUACCUUGUACCAAUGUUAGGCAAGUGUCACUGACGUUGCACCUCUAUCUUAUACUAUGCAUUGUUUGUAAAUAAGUCUGAUGCUUUAAUUGUUAUAAUGAAUGAAAUUGUGGCAUAAUCUGUUGAGUAUUGUUUAAUAAGUACCCUUAGAAAUCUAUUAUUAGUAGUCUGACAGCACUGUUAUUUUUAUGUGGUAAAUGUUUUUUUGUAAUGUGACACAUGACAGCUGCUGUCAUCUUCAAAUGGUGUUGGAAAACCACUGUGAAAAAAUAGACAGCUGGACUGCAUGGCUGUGGUGAGAAAAUCAAUUUGAAAAGAAAAUUUACUGUCAUAUAUAUUUUAUCAGUGAUAACAGAUUAGAUGAUUGUAAAGCACCAGACUAAUGUUUGGAUUGAAAUGGCAUUCAUAAACUACUUAAAACUGA